AUGUUUGAAAAUCAAAAAUUUUAUGGAACUCCAGGUCCGAACGAAAGGAUUCAAACGCGUCAGGAUAAUUUGGAAAAUAAUCCAGUUAAAAUAAAUCAAAAUUUUACUCAGCAAAAUCAUUUUACGAGAAUGGAACCUCAAACGAGAAUAGAAAACUUUAAUCAAAAUAAUUCGCAUAAUCCGGCACAAUACGGACAGCAAAGAUUUUCCCAACAAAAUCCCCAACAAGGAGGAGGACCGAGUCCCAGAAUGUAUUCGGAGAUCCAACAGGAUAGGCAACCGGGUAAUGUUAAUAAUGUUUCGAACUAUCCGCAAAAACCUAUACCACAGCAACGAAAUAUCGAUUCUCAAGAUUUGCAAAGAAAUUAUACAAAUUUACAAAAUUCUCAACAACAACAACAACAACAACAUCAACAACAACAACAGCAACAACAACAACAACAACAACAACUACAACAACAACAACAACAGCAACAACAACAACAACAACAGCAACAGCAGAGAUUUCAGGCACCGGGACCUUUAACAAGACCUCCAAUACAAGAAAGAACAAAUUUAUCACGUCAAUCCUCAAAUCAAUCACUUUAUAAUACGAGACCGCAAUACCAACAACCGGAAAUAAUCCAACAGAAAAUUCAAUUGAAUCAUAAAAAUUCCAACGAAUUUUUAAACGGUUCGAAUGAAAAAAUACAAAAGCAAGAAUUUAAAACGAUUGAAAAAAAUGAUGGCAGACAAACCCCCCCGACUUUUAUUAAACAAGAAUCGUUUUCGACAUUGAAUUUACAGCAGGAAAAAAUUACAAACGAGGAAAAUAAAAAAGAAAACGACGUAAAAUCACAAGAUCCGGCCGGCGACAGCAACAUACCAACGAUUAACGAAAAAAAUUUUCUGUCUUCGUCAUCAAUACCACCUGAAACGAAACCAAACGAGUCGGAAAAUGGAAAACCACCAACGGAUCCUUUAAAAUCCAUUCCAGAAAUCCACAAAAAUCGAGAAUUAAAAUCCGGGGGAUUGGUUUACAAAAAUAUAAAAUUUUUCGAAGAACAAGACACGGCAAAAAUUCCAUUAAAACCUAAAACGAUUUUAGAUGUGAAAUUGGAAAAAUAUAACGAUAAUAAUAAUAAUAAUAAUAUAAAAAACAAAAACGUCGAGGAAAAUGAAUGUGGCGUCGAUGAAACGCCCAUGUAUCAUCCAAACCUAAAAAGUAUUUAUACCGCCCCGUCAAAAGUUGCUAAAAUUCCGAAAAAAAAAAGAAAAAUACGUGACGUCAUAACGACGUCAUCGAAAAUAAAAAAACCGAAAAUGCAAAAUUAUUACGGAACGAACAAACCGACAACAAACGGAGAUGUUCCGACUCCUAAAAAACUUCAUUCAAGAUCUCCAGGACCCGGACAAAGAAGCCCAUUGAGUUUAUCCACGAGCACACCAUUGAAAUCUCCAGGAACUCCCAGAGCCAAAUCAUUGCCAAAAACACCAGAAAGUACUACAGCUCCUCAGACUCCCCUGAAUAAAAAAGUUCCAAUGAAUAAAGUACAAGUUGGUGCUGCACCAUCGCCCAAUUUAAAAGCGGCAAAAUCAAAAGUUGGAUCCCUUGCAAAUACUCUACAUAAACCUGGUGGUGGAAAUAUUCGAAUAGAAAAUCAUAAAAUUGAUUUUAGCAAAGCCCAAUCGAGAAUCGAAGCCAAAAAUGAUCAAUACGUUCGAUCAGGAGGUGAUAAAAAGAUUCCUCAAGUAAAAUUGCAAUGGGAAGCAAAAUCAAAAGUAGGUUCGCUCGAUAACACGACGUAUAAACCUGGUGGCGGUGAUAAGAAAAUCGAGUCUAUUAAAUUAGACUUUAAAGAAAAAGCAAAAUCAAAAGUCGGUUCUAAAGAUAAUUUAAAACACACGCCAGGUGGUGGAACCGUUAAGAUCGAAAAUCAAAAAUUAGAAUUUAAAGCCCAAAGUAAAAUUGGAUCACUUGAUAAUGUCAAACAUAAACCUGGAGGAGGUGAUGUUAAAAUAUUCGAUGAUAAAACAUACCUGAAACAAAUUUCAGCAACUAGUUCAGAUGGUGGAUUUUCUGGAAAUCAGGUAUCCCCACCUCCACCCUCAUCCCUCCUCCUCACUUCAUUUAUUAAUUCGCAGAGUCCGCUUCAUACGUCUGUAUCAAAAUCAUUUUCCGAAACAUCACAAGACGACGGUUAA